UGAGGAAAAGGCGUGGCCAUGUUUGCCCACAGCAUGGAUAACAGCAGCGGUCCUUUUGUCCUCCCUACCUUACUGCUCCUGUUGCACAACAGGAGCUACCCUGAAACCUCCACCCCCACUUCUGGCUAUGAGAUGACGGCGUCACCCACAGGACCCAGCUCAAGCAGGAACCACACUGUCUUGCACUAUGAACUGAGGCCGGAGGAAAUUGCAGCAGCCAGCGUGCUUUUGGGAGCGCUGUGGCUGGUUUCUGUCUUUGGAAACUCCCUUGUUUGCUUAGUAAUCCACAGGAGCAGGAGGACACAGUCCACCACCAACUACUUUGUUGUUUCCAUGGCUUGUGCAGACCUUCUCCUCAGUGUGGCAAGCGUGCCCUUCGUGCUGCUCCAGUUCACCUAUGGCAGGUGGAUGCUGGGGAAUGUAAUGUGCAAGGUGAUAAGGUACAUACAGUACCUCACCCCGGGAGUCCAGAUAUACGUGCUCCUCUCCAUAUGUGUGGAUCGGUUCUACACUAUCGUCUACCCGCUGAGCUUCAAAGUGUCAAGAGAAAAAGCCAAGAAAAUGAUUCUGGCCUCUUGGCUUUUUGAUGCUGCCUUUGCAUCACCCAUUUUCUUCUUCUAUGGCUCCAACAGUGAUGACCACUGCAACUUUUUUCUCCCCAAUUCUUGGGAAGGAGCCAUCUACGGUAUCAUCCACCUCUUGGUGCUGUUUUUGAUCCCAUCCAUCCUCAUUAUCUUCUUCUACCAGAAGGUCGUCAAGUACAUUUGGAGAAUAGGCACCGGCGGCAUGACUGUCAGGAGGACAAUGAAUAUUGUCCCAAGAACAAAAGUGAAAACCAUCAAGAUGUUCUUAAUGUUAAACACCGUGUUCCUCCUGUCCUGGCUCCCUUUUUAUGUGGUACAGCUGUGGCACCCACAGGAAACAGACUACAGAAAGAGCUCCUUGGUUUUCCUGGCCAUCACCUGGAUCUCUUUCAGCUCUUCAGCCUCUAAGCCAGCCCUCUACUCUGUGUAUAAUGCCAACUUCAGAAGAGGCAUGCAAGAAACUUUUUGCAUGUCUGCCAUGAAAUGCUACAGAAGCAAUGCAUACACCAUCACCACCAGCUCCAGGAUAGCCAAAAAAAAUCACGUUGGGAUCGCAGAAAUCCCAGCUCCGGCCAAAACUGUCACCAAAGAAUCUAUCUAUGAUGCUUUUAACAGAGAAGCCAAGGAAAAAAAGCUUGCCUGGCCUAUUCAGUCCAAUCCCCCAAAUACCUUUGUUUAGUUGCCUUCAUUGCUUUGAAAAAUUACAACGUACCCCCAGAGCAAGAAGCUUUCUCUCCGUUUUGAGCCUAUCUACAGUUCCAUAUUUUUAACACAACUUUUAGGGAUGAAAAU